CGUCAUUGAACGCCACACAUGGUGGCCGUUGCUGCAGUCCAAAGUUCGGUAAAGUUCAAAGUCCGACAAGAAGCAGCGAGAGUCCAACAUGGAGCUGAAGGAGCUGAAGGAGCUGAAGGAGGCGGCGAUAAACGCGCUGAUUCACCACAAGAAAGCCGCUCUUCUGGUCGGCGGAGCCGGCCUCGCUGCUCUGGGACUCGGUCUCGGAUAUAAAUACCUGCGAAAGUCAGAAAAAGUUGUCCGCGUGGGCGUCGUGUCGCAGCUCCUCCUCCACCCUCUGAAGUCCGGCAGGGCCGUGUCCGUGGCCCGGGCUGAGUGUCACAACCUCGGGCUCCGGCUCGGGGAGCUCCAGGACCGACACUGGCUGGUGGUGACGGAGGACGGGCAGAUGGUGACGGGCAGACAGGAGCCUCGGCUGGUGCUGGUGUCUCUGACCUGCGAGGGGGGUCAAGUCUGUCUGAACGGGCCGAACAUGGAGGAGCUGCGGUUCCCCUUCAGACAGCCCGACAACCCGGUCACCGACUGCCGGGUGUUCUCCUCCGACAUCCAGGGACGGGACUGCGGCGACGAGGCGUCCCGCUGGCUCACCCGCUACCUGGGGGGAGAGAAAACCUUCCGCCUGGUGCACUUUGAACACACCAUGAAGGCGAGGAAGCCCGUGGAGAAGGAGCCUCUGUUCCCCCAGUCAGAGCAGGUGGCCUACCCAGAUAUCGGUCCUGUGAUGCUGCUGUCGGAGUCCUCUGUCAAAGAUCUCAGCAACAAGUUGGAUAAGGCCGUCACGGUGGAGCGAUUCCGCCCAAACAUUGUCAUAAGUGACUGUGAAGCCUUCGCUGAGGACUCGUGGGAAGAGAUCCAGAUCGGUGGCGUGAGGCUGCAGCGUGUAAUGUCAUGUGGACGCUGUGUUUUCACCACCGUGGAUCCUGAAACCGGUAUAAUCAGCAGGAAGGAGCCCCUGGACACGCUGAAGAGCUACCGGCAGUGCCAGCCCUCUGAGAAGCACAUCUACAAGUCUGCUCCGCUGUUUGGACAGCUGCACGUCGUGAAGAAGACCGGGAUCCUGCAGGUCGGAGAUGUGGUCUAUAAGAUCAGCCGCUAAUGUCAGAGAGGGAAACAUGCUGACAUGCAAUCAGUGGUGGAAGAAGUAUUCAGAUCAUUUACUUCAGUAAAAGUACUAACAACACACUGUGAAAUUACUCCACUACAUGUAAAAGUCCUGCAUUCAAAACUUGAAGUAA